AAGAAUUUAAAGUUAAGAAAAAUGAUAGAGACCAGUAAAACCAACACUUCGUCUUUUCUCAUUGCUCUGGACCCUCAGGAGGGCCAAGAUAGCAUCAGAACCUUCACACAGGAGGAAAGGGACAUCAGGGUUCCCCUGAUGAAAUCUAACUCUGCAGUUGUGAAAGGCUCUCAUUUGAACCUUAUCUCUGAGAACCUGCAGAGAGAAGAAAGCAACGAUGAAAUUGAGAGGUCAAGUAUUUUAGAGGAGUCUUACUCUUGCCUCACACAGAAUGACCCCAGGUUUUCAAUGGCAGCUCCUUAUGAGAAGGCUAGGAAGACCUCGAAGAGGUAUAACAGGAAAGAGAAGAGCCUCGGAGAACUUUGCAAAAAGUUUAUCUAUCUCUAUGGAGCUAAACAGUAUUGAAUAAUCGCCUUAGAUGAAUGCACCUUCACCCUUGGAGUCGAACGAAGGCGGAUCUAUGAUAUUAUCAACAUUCUGGAGUCCUUUAAUGUACUCUCCCGCUUGGCCAAGAACAAAUAUGAAUGGAGAGGGAUAGACCAAAUUGAAAAUUCAAUUAGAAGAAUGCGAGGAUGCUCCUUGGAUGAUCUUACUGCUCCUCCUGUUAAAAGGAGGAAAAAGAAGUCCCUAGGCAUUCUUUGCGAGAGCUUCAUUAAACAAUUUCUCACUUGGAGGGAGACCAUUUCUCUUGAUCAAGCUGCCAGGAGAAUCUCUGAUGACCAGAUUGAUGAAAGCAAGCUUAAAACUAAAGUUAGGAGGCUUUAUGAUAUCGCUAAUGUACUUGCAGCUCUUAAUCUUAUUGAGAAGACUUCUCUAGAAACAAGAAAGCCCGCCUUUAAGUGGGUAGGCGAGACAGGCUUAAGAACUUUCAUUAGUGAAAUGGAGCAAUAUUUUGGAGAAAGUAGCAUCUUAAUGGAGCCAGCCUCAACUAAGAAGGAGCUGAUGUCUAAUGAAGUAGUCGAGCCAAGACUCAAGAGCUCAGAAACACGUCUUGAGAAGAGGCAGAACAGGGAGUUCAACAGAAUCAACUCUGACUCUACCUCUCUGUCAUUUAAAAAUGUGGGACCAAUCAAAGAAGUCAAUCUAGCUUUUUGAAAUUUAAAUGCUAAAAAUAUUGAGUCUUCACUGUCAGAGCCUCAGGAAGAGAUUUUAGCCAAAAACCUAGCGAAGGAUGACUUGACUUUGCAGCUAGUCGGGAUGCUGGAUAAGCUUAGUGUUACUAAGCCUACUCAUCCGGUCUAUAAGCCUACUCCGAUGUACCCAAUCAACCAUUUUCUUGAAAACAGCUGAGUGGAACUGAGAACGACAGUUCUAGACAAAAUAUGUGAAGACUUGUUGGAAAAGUACAAGGAGAAUAAGCUGAAUAUUUCCUUUGAGCCAGAAUACAAGACUCCUGCAUUUAAUAAGUUCCAAAGCGAGAGGUUUGAUUCCUCUACCACACUUGCAUCAGAGCACCCCAACUACGGGUCUAAGGCUAAUAGAGAGGAGGUCGGAAAGGCUCUUAAGAUGAAAUGGACUCAGAACAUGAAGGAGUUCGGGCUAAGCUGCACUAAAGGUCUCUUGAGCGAGAGGCCUAACCCUAGUAGCCAUCUAGGCUAG